AUGUUGAAUUCAUCACGACGAUUGACGCGACUCAUCGGAUUGGCUCGAUUCAGACAUUUGUGUAGGCGUAUCGAUGUGCCUUUUCCCUCCGUUUCCGGUCUCGCUCUGCAACAUCAAUCCGGGACUCUACACAGUUAUCGUCAAUAUUCCAGCAAUCCAAACGAAAAUAACGGCGGUGAAGGAGAUGGAGCCAAACCAAUGGAACCAGCCGAAGAAAUCGAGACAGCACUCGUUCAAUCAGACUUCGGUGACAUGGCCCGAAUGAACAUACCAGAACUAUUUCCCGAUGUUCCAAUUAUUGCCAUCAACCGUUAUCCGCUUUUUCCCGGGUUCAUAAAGAAAGUUGAUAUUGUCAGUGAUGAAAAGCUGAAAAAGCUGAUACGAAAAAGGGUGGAAUUACGACAACCGUACGUUGGAGUUUUUGUGAAGAAAGACAAUGAGGAUCGCCGAGAAGUCGUCAAUUCUCUCGGAGAUAUUUACAACGUUGGAACUUUUGCGCAUAUCCUGGAAAUGCGCGAUCAAGGAAAUUGCCUCGAACUUGUGCUCUCUGCUCAACGAAGAAUACGUCUACUUAACUCUAUAGACAAUCUCGAUUUCGACCGAGAAAAGUCGGGUGUAAAUGAAAGACGACAGAAACGAUCUAAGACAGUCACUGCUAGAGUGCCUUCGACCACCGUGAACCCCAUCACUACGGUUGCGAACGGAAAAGAAAAUGAAGAUACAAAAGUGACGGAUGAGAAACAGAUGCUUUACAUGGGACAUACCGAGAAUUUCAAAGUGGAACCAGCUCCGUCAUCGAACGAGACAAAGGCUACUAUGCAAGCAAUCGUUUCAACAAUUCGCGAAAUCGUUGGCUUGUCUCCGCUAUUUGGUCAACAAAUUCACCUUCUUCUCCACCCUUCGCAAAAUGUCUCAGAAAAUCCGAUAUAUCUCUGUGAUUUGGUUGCCACUCUUGUUCAAUCAUCAGAUACUGAAGAAGUUCAACAAAUAAUGCAAGAAACUUUGGUUGCGAAACGACUGGCAAGUGCUCUUGUUUUGGCGCAAAAAGAAAAGACGGUAGCUCAACUAAAAUUCAAUAUUACGAAAGAUGUGGAAAAACGAGUACAGGAUCAACAUAGAAAAUAUCUUCUACAAGAACAGUUGAAAAUCAUUAAAAAGGAACUUGGAAUGGAAAAGGAUGACAAAUCGACAAUUUUGGAGAAAAUUGAUCAGCGCAUCAAGAAGUUGAAGGUACCAGAUUAUGCGUUGAAAGUGAUUGAAGAGGAAAAGAAUAAGCUACAAUUUUUGGAGCCACAUUCUUCAGAGUUUUCUGUUACUAGAAACUACUUGGACUGGUUGUCUUGUGUUCCAUGGGGAUUGCAGAGCGACGAAAAUUGUGAUUUGGGAGUGGCAAAGGAGAUCCUUGACAAGCGACAUUACGGAAUGAAAGAUGUGAAAGAACGGAUUCUCGAGUUUAUUGCUGUUAAUAUUCUGAAGAAAAAGGUUGGAGGCAAGAUUCUUUGUUUGCAUGGACCACCUGGCGUUGGAAAAACAUCUAUCGCUCGCUCAAUUGCCGAGGCUUUGGGCCGCCAAUACUUCCGUUUCUCGGUCGGUGGAAUGACGGAUGUGGCCGAGAUCAAAGGCCAUCGCCGAACCUAUGUUGGCUCAAUGCCUGGAAAAAUGAUCCAAUGUCUCAAAAAGGUCGCAACAGAGAAUCCUCUUGUUUUGAUUGAUGAGGUCGAUAAAAUUGGUGGUGCUGGGUAUCACGGCGAUCCUGCGUCGGCCCUCCUAGAAUUACUCGACCCGGAGCAAAAUGCGAACUUCAACGAUCAUUUCCUUGAUGUGCCGGUGGAUUUGAGCAGAGUGCUUUUCAUUUGUACAGCGAACGAGGUGGAUCGAGUGCCCGGACCGCUUAAGGACCGAAUGGAGCUCCUAGACGUCAGUGGCUACUUGGCUGAAGAGAAAUUGGCCAUCGCACAAAACCAUUUGAUUCCACAAGCACGUGAAACAACUUCAUUAAACGCUGAUCAGUUGACAAUCGUUGAUAAGUCGCUUGAAACUCUUAUUAAAUCCUACUGCCGCGAGAGUGGAGUUCGAAAUCUGCAGAAGCAAAUUGAAAAAAUCUUCAGAAAAGCCGCUCUUAAAAUUGCGAGCAGCAAAGAAGAUCCCAUUGGAUUGAUUGAAGUAAAUGAGAACAACCUUGAGGAAUUUGUUGGAAGACCCAAAUACAUUUCGGAUCGUCUGUAUGAAGUGACACCGCCGGGGGUUGUGAUGGGUUUGGCAUGGACGGCGAUGGGUGGAUCGGCUCUUUAUAUUGAAACCGUUUUGAAGAGAUCGGUUGAUGAAAAGAGUGACAAGGAUGGUUCACUUGAAACAACGGGUAAUUUGGGCGACGUGAUGAAGGAGAGUAUUAAAGCGGCGUUCACAGUUGCGAGGAGAAUUUUGUCUCACGAGAAACCGGAGUCGAAUUUCUUUGAGAAGGCGCACAUUCAUAUUCAUGUUCCAGAGGGUGCAACUCCAAAAGAUGGUCCAUCAGCUGGUGUGACCCUUGUCUCUUCCCUGCUUUCGUUGGCUUUCAACAAACCGGUGGUCCAGAAAAUGGCGAUGACUGGAGAAAUAUCAUUGACAGGAAAAGUGCUGCCAGUUGGAGGAAUUCGUGAAAAGAUCAUUGCGGCUCGCCGAGUCGGUGCCACACGCGUUUUCCUUCCCGCCGAGAAUAAACGCGACUUUGCCGAUUUGCCCGACUACAUUCAGAAAGACAUUGAAGUGUGCUUUGUGGAACACUACGAUGAAAUCUUCAAACAUCUGUUUGUU